UUUAUGUAUUUAUGUCGUCGCCUAUUUAUUUAGUUACCCUUCUUGGCGUGGCUGGGGUUGGUUCAUCUCCCACUCAAGUCUCCAACUCAACAAGUAUACCACCACAUCUAUAUACAAUCCCGCAGAAGCCAGUCAUUAAUCUAGGAGCCUGGGGGAUCUGGAAUCGACAGUAAUUAAGCUCCAAACGCUUCAACAUCUCCUAGCCAUCCUAAACUUCGCCUAUACAACAACAAGGAAGGAACAAACCAAUCCCCCCAUCUGUCUGGCAUCCGUCAUAGCCGCGUCUACCAGCACUUCCUACGAGAUAUUCCGUUUCGCAUUCGAGAUAUAUAAGCAAUGGCCAGGCCCCUCGAGACAGAUUCCGGCUCAGAGCUGUUCAGUAGCUAUGAAGCUGAGCUUAAGCUCGUCCAGGCAGACCUGAAUCAGAAACUCGAUCAGAUCGCUGAAUCGCAAGGAGAGGAAAGGAAAUUGGCCAUCAAACAAGCAGAGAGGGCGUUAGAGGAGGCCACUGAACUGAUAGAUCAAAUGCGGAUAGAGAAAGAGAAUAUCCCCUCCGCAACCCGUUCGAAAGUGAACGCCCGUUUCCGCAACUUCGUUACAGAUAUCGACGACGUCAAGCGCCAACUUAAGUCCCUCUCUGAUGACCGCAGAGCGCUCUUUGGCGACCGAUACACAGAUGAACCUAACGGGAUAAAUGACCACCACCUGGAGCAAAGACAGCAGUUACUAUCUGGUACAGAACGGCUAGAGCGGAGCUCUGCUCGCCUGAGAGAUAGCCAGAGAGUAGCGCAGGAGACAGAAGAUAUUGGACGGAACACCCUAGCCGAUCUAUACGUCCAGCGGCAGACCAUCGAACACACCAGAGCUGGUUUACUGGAGAGCGAAGGCUACGUGGAUCGCAGUGUAAAGACGCUGAGGGGGAUGGCCCGUAGGAUGGCUACGAAUCGGGUGAUAACCAUCGCCAUAAUAACCGUAUUAGUCCUUCUUAUCAUUGCGGUUGUAUAUAGCAAGUUCCACUGAGCGUUCUCCUUUGGGAUACAUGGUUGCACGUGUUUUGUUGCGGUGUUUUGGGCGAACUGUCUCCUUGUUUUGCUGCUUUCCCACUUGUCCCAGUCAUUUUAUAUAUCACUACUGAUUCAUUUGCGAUUUUGUAUGAUACGGGUAUUCCCUACUCCUACUAUAGCCCUGUUGGUUUUCCCUUUUACGUACCAGAUGAGCGGAUUCUGAUGGAGACAACCCGCCACACGAUAUAUUAAUGUUAUGAAUUCAUUAUGAGCUAAAACUAUGCUAGAUGCGUGGGUAUCUAAUGCUUUAUCAUCUAUCAUCUACGGAGUACAUAUCCAGUCAUGGCUCCAGCCAAAACCAAAGGGAUUAAACAAAAGCGCUAUAAAACACAAAACCAAAAAACAUUUACGGAUAAACAUAAUGCAAUUCAACGACCCUCAAUUCAAAAACCUCACAACCCCAAAGCCGAAAUUAACCACAAUCCCCACAAAAACCGCCAACCCUUUCCUCCAACUCCAAACCCCUUGCUCCCUCAACAACCACAGCCCACACCCCACAGGCCAAAAGAACCCCAUCACAGAUCCCCACAACAUAUCAUCCAGUGGCCCCGCCGCCCCCGACGUUGAGCCGACUCCAUAAUUGGCAAUCCCCGCACUACCACCGCCCCCAACCGCCCCCGCGCCGCCGCCACCUUCUCCUUCCACAGAGCCCGCAGAACCUCCCUCGUCCAUCCAUAUAUCUUCUAGCCGUCGUAGCUCUGCG